GAGCCCUCUCCUCCCCUCCUGCUGUACACGAUGUGGGGUGUCUGACCCAAAUCUGCAAAGUGCAAUAGGGAAACCAGAGAGAAGAACCAAGGGGGAGGGGAUGUGGAGGCAAGGCUCUGAUGUUGGAAAAUUAGCAUGUCAGUUGGUAACCGUCAGAUAAAGAAAAUCAUUAGUGGGAGGUAGAAGGAGAGCAGCAGUUGGCAGCAGCAGUGUGGAAAUAAGGAUUGUGUAGGAAAUAGAGAAAAGAUCAUGUAUUGAAGAAGGGAAUGUGGCAGAUAAACAUGAGGGCUGUUAUUAAAUGAACCAAAUCGAGGAACAAGAAGAACAAGCGUGUGUUGGCGAGCGACUGAUUGUACGUCGCCGUUUCCGGGCGGAGCGUCUGCCUCCUCACAUCUCCGUUCUCUUAAAUUCCUUUUGAAAUCAGCAUGCUAAAUUUAGCUCCCAGCACCCCUCCCCCUCCUUUUGAGAGGUAUCAGAGCUACAGCAGUCAGUGAUAGGCUAACAUUUUGAUGUGCACAGUCCACACACACACACACACACAUCCAGACACACAGAGAUUAAAGAGCUGCCACUUGAAGACAGUGGGGGCUCUCUGAUGAUCCCCCCGUUCAUCCGAUGAACCACCUCAACUCCAUGAAACCCUCCCUGCCUCCCAAUCCACAAAGCAGUGACGGCCCCUAUCUAAAUGACCCAGUCUCCUGGCAACCAGGCACCAAUCAGCACCCAGGAUCUCUCUCUGUAGUAACCACAGUGUGGGGCGUGACCAAUCCCACACAUAGUCAGGUGUUCUGUGCACCCAUGGGUCCAGGUGAAAGUUCUGGCAGUCACAUGAUGCCUGGUGGCAGCCCUGGUAUGGGCCCUGGUAUGGGCCCUGGCAUGGCCUCCCAGUUUAUGGGACAACAGUCAUAUGGAGACGCUGUAUCUAAAGGCUAUGGUCACCCACUGAUGUAUGGACGCCCCAACGCCGGCUACAACCAACCCUCGGCCUAUGGUGGAAGUUACUCUGGUAACAGUGGAGGUGCCGGUCUGGGCGUGCGUCCUCCCUCAGAAUUCACCCAGGCUGCUGCCGCCGCUGUUGCUGCCGCCGCCGCCACAGCAACUGCAACUGCCACAGCAACUGUAUCAGCAAUACAGGAAAAACAGCAUCAGGAGCUGAGCUAUGGACAGAUGGGUGGAGCAUCAACUUACAGCACCCAGUUCCUGUCCCAUUCGGGCCCCCGUGGUCCUCAAGUGAUGAACCCUGGUGGGAUGGUCCCUUCCAGGCCUGGACUUCCACCCUCCGCUGGGGGCUUAUAUGCCUCUCACGCUGCACAGGCACAGAAGAUGGCCCAGCAUGUGGGCUAUCCUGGUGGACAGCAGGGGCUCAAACGGCCUUACCAUUCAGAGGGUUAUCCACCACAGCAGUACGGCUCUGGUGGGAUGUCGGGAUACCCCAACCAGCCUCUGCAGUACCCCCCCGGCCCACAGCAGAGAUGUGCCCCCUCACCCUCUUACCCCUCCAGCCGGGUGCCUUUAAUGGGACAGUACCCUUCUGGACCACACAACCCAGCACAGUUCCCUCCUGGAGCAGUUCAGCCUAAUCCUCCACAGUAUUAUAAGUCGGAGCCGUUCAAUGGUCAGGGCAGCCUGCCAACAGGAGGAGCAGGGGGAUACAAUGCCUUCACACAGGCCGCAGUGAACGGGCAAGGUCGGGGUGGAGUGAUGCCCGGGUAUCCCGUCUCACCGAUGGGAGGGAACCCCACCCCCCCAAUGACACCUGGCACUACCAUACCCCCCUACCUAUCCCCAGGCCAGGACACAAAACCACCCUAUCUUCCACCAGACACCAAACCCAACAUUAGCACCCUGCAGCCCUCUACAGGUAACCCCAGUGAUGACCUGCGGCUGACUUUCCCGGUACGAGACGGUGUCGUGUUAGAGCCGUUCAGACUUGAGCACAACCUGGCCGUGAGUAACCACGCCUUCCAGCUCAGAGACUCCGUCUACAAAACACUCAUGUUGAGACCUGACCUGGAGCUGCAGUUUAAGUGCUACCACCACGAGGACAGACAAAUGAACACUAACUGGCCUGCCUCUGUGCAAGUGAGCAUCCUCACUUUUUCUUUGGUUAGUGUCAAUGCAACCCCUUUGUCCAUUGAGCGAGGGGACAACAAAACCUCCCACAAGCCUCUGUACCUAAAGCAAGUGUGUCAGCCAGGACGUAACACAGUACAGAUCACAGUAACCGCAUGCUGUUGUUCCCACCUGUUUGUGUUACAGCUGGUCCACCGGCCGUCUGUCAGGUCUGUCCUGCAGGGUUUGAUGAAAAAGAGACUGCUGCCGGCUGAGCACUGCAUAACAAAGAUCAAGAGAAACUUCAGCAGUGGCACUAUCCCCGGGACCCCCGGUCUGAACGGUGAGGACGGUGUGGAGCAGACGGCAAUUAAAGUCUCUCUCAAAUGCCCGAUCACAUUUAGACGAAUUCAGCUGCCAGCCAGAGGUCAUGACUGCAGACACAUACAGUGUUUCGACCUGGAGUCCUAUUUGCAACUCAAUUGUGAAAGAGGGACCUGGAGGUGUCCUGUGUGCAAUAAAACCGCUUUGCUUGAGGGGCUGGAGGUCGACCAGUACAUGCUUGGUAUUCUUGUCUAUAUCCAGAACUCUGACUAUGAGGAGAUCACCAUAGACCCAGUGUGUGGUUGGAGACCAGUGCCCAUCAAACCAGACCUGCACAUAAAAGAGGAGCCUGAUGGUCCAGUGCUGAAGCGCUGCCGCACAGUCAGCCCGAGCCACAUGGUGUUGCCCAACGUCAUGGAAAUGAUCGCAGCUCUGGGCCCUGCGUCCUCUCCAUACCAGAGUCUGACAGCAGGAGGCAGGAGCACCCCCGACUACAACAGGCCAGGGAGCCAGGGAUUUUCCAGCCAAACAGGGUUUACAGACUUCCCCAACACUCCUGGCACCCCGACACUGGGAGAGUAUGCUUCUGCCUCCGGGCCACCACCUCUACUCCCCUAUCAGUCUGACCAGGUCCCUCAUCCUGGACGAAUGGAACACUCCCAGCACAUCCUGCAGCAGCACAGCUCCAGUGUUCAUGGUAACCAGGGUCUCUGUGACACCGGCAGCCCGCUGUCGCAGCGGAACACCAAUACCCAGAACCCCCGGAUGCAGAGCGAAGGCUCCUUUGGUCUGGGAGGCCAAGGAGCACCUGGAGGAGAGGGAGCCGAUCAUGCACUAGAUCUUCUUCCUGAGCUGACCAAUCCGGACGAGCUGCUGUCCUAUCUGGGUCCCCCCGACCUCCCGAACAACAGCAGCGAUGACCUCCUCUCUCUGUUCGAGAACAACUGAUGACCUUCAGAUUCUCACACCUGCAAGUCCAGCCUCCGCUUCUCUGUUUGCUGUAGCCCAGGAUGAACACUGCACCAUCUCUGAUGGCACCCAUCACUCUGUGUGCAUGUGUGUGUGCGUGUGUACAUUCGUGUGUCAUUUUGAAGUGUCCUGCGCUUCUUUGAAGUCUGUUCAGUACUCUGUAGAGGGAAUGGCAUGGAACACUCUACACCUGAACACUGUCCACAAUAAGUAUGAAGAAUAAAAGAGUACAGUGGGCUCUGACUGUGCAGACCAGCAUUUUAAACUAAAGCACAACUCACAGGCUGAGGGAUCUUUAUGUAUAGAUAGUUAUAAUUGAUAGGUGGGGGGGAUAGUGGAACACGGCAAGUGUUAUUGAGGAGUGACAGCAACAUGGUGCCUGUGUCUAAUCCACACAUUUCCACUCAAACAAGUCUGACCCCACAAACCUGCUGCUCCAAACGUUGGGACCACUGAGGUCAGUGGCUACGGGAGAAGCUGCUGCACCAUUUUGAGGUAACAUGAGCUGCAGCAGCAGUCCGAUGCUUUCUGAAAUCUUCAAAUAGAAAAUGUGGUGACUCUAAAAAACAGAUUUGUGUAUUUAUAAAGGAAAGCAGUUGCUAUGUGUCUGCUGUGAUUUAUAACCUUAUUCUUUUGAACUCUAUUGAUGGUUAGCUAAAGCAUUUAUGCAUUACUGCUCCCAAGUGGACUGGAGUGCAGACUGCCGUCUCAAACCUUAUUUUUAAAGUGUACCAGUUCUCAAAAGGAUCCGGAUCCAAACUAAUGUUGAUUAUCACAAGACCUGUUAUUUCUUACAUCAUAAUGAUGAAGGAUAACGUCACAUUUUUGUUUUGUAUAUAUCUACGACAGUAAAAAUUGAAUCCAAGGUUUAUCUCCUAACAUGGUAAACGACGAUAAAACUAGAAUGGCAGAGUGCACACCUCCGCCAAAGGAAAUCUGGUCUAGGGAAAGAAAGUCUGGUAAUCUGCACCACAUUGUUUAAAAUCCAUGUCUCAACACCAUAAAGAAGUCAGAUUUUUACUUGGCUUCAUUAUCCCCUGGAGAAAUUGACAAAAAGUCAUAAAAGAAAAUCCAGCCCUAAAACCAGAUCUCCAACCAAACUUUAAUGAGUUCCUUCUCAGCCAAUACACCAUCCCUCCACCAGGUUUGGUGCAAAUCAGUUCUCUACAAACAAAAAGGAAGAAACAGACAUGGGUGAAAACAAUAAUAGUGAAUAAAGCCCAGCCUACAAAGGCCCAGAUAAAUAUUUUUAUGUUGGGACACCACUGAGGUUCAUUGUAUCUCUAACAUCCUUCAGCACUGUGAACUAUAUAAAGACUCCCACCUCUCACUCUGUUGAGUUCACCCUCUUUUGGGGAUGGUGUGUCUGAGUGUGGCUGUUUCAAGCUGUUUCAUACUGUAAAUGCUGUGUGUCAUGGCCUUUUCUGCCAUUUGAAAGCUAUUUGUAUGUUUAUAAAUUGUCACCUGUAUAACCCAUCACGACGCGGGUUUGUGUACUGUAUAAUCAGCUGUUUUCAUUAGAGAACGUGUGUGUAUCAAAUGAAUUGUUAAUCAUAGUAAGUUUAAAUGUUAUUAGUUGGAGAAUGGAUCAUUGUUGGCACUGUACACAUGCUGUGUUAGAAAAUUGAUAAACCAAUUGUAAAAAACAAGUGGUCAUACAUACACGCAUGAUGCAUGUAUGACAGAAGUCGGCUGACACGGAGUAUUGCAGUUCAAGAUGUAAAGUUUGAAAUUGUUCUAAAUGCCACUUUUUGAAGCUGACUUUUUUUCCCCUAUGAAUUCAACCCUGCAUCGUCAUGACAACAGCAAAUAAUGUUUCCUGCUAACUUGAGCGACACAAUGUUAUUUGGAAAUGGACUGUUUAACUUCAAAUUUAUAGGGGAAAGUUUUUUUUUAUUUGUAAACUACUACACAUAUUUUGUAAUUCACUGUAAUUGACAUUAUUUUCUAUUUAUAUUUUAAUCAUCGUACCUACAGUUACGUUUUCCCUUCCCUGACAGAAUCACAAUUAAAAUCACUUUAUUUGACAAGAA